CAGCCUUCCUCCUCCAGCCUCACAUCUCCCAGCUUCUCACUCCUCUCCCACCACCACACUCCUGCUACUGAGCAGGUUCCAACACUUUUAAGGGAGUCCAGCCCCUUGCCAAGCCUUUUUGGGGGAUUGGCUAAGGUCCCUCAGAAGUGCAGCCAACCACUCCUCAGAUCCACCCACUGCCUCCAAGGCCCUCCUCUGAAAGCCUCAGAGCAGGGGGAAAUUCCAGAGGGGCUGGCCUCCAGAUUCUCUCAGUCCUGACCAGAAAUUGACCCCUCUGGCUAUCUCACCUGAGCUGCUAAUCAGCCCCU